AUGUCGAACAAGCCGAUCUUUGUAGCUACCCAUCCACGGGCAUGCUCGACGGCAUUUGAGCGGGUCUUCAUGACCCGCAGAGAUACCCUCCAAUGCGUCCACGAACCUUUUGGCGACGCCUUUUAUUUUGGCCCUGAGAGGCUCGGCGAUAGAUACGAGAAAGAUGAGACGGCUAGACUAGACAGUGGCUUUAGCGAGAGCACGUUCAAGACAAUUCUUGAGAGGAUUGAUAGUGAGAACACCGAGGGCAAGCGUAUUUUCAUCAAGGACAUCACCUACUACCUUGUCCCUCCCAACGGAAAGCCCGCUUCCAUCGCGCCUUCUUUGGUCAGCUACAAACGCGGUGUCGGUACCAACGGUGACUCGAAAUCAGGUUUGGCCACCUCCGCUCCGGUCUCGGGCACCGCCGAGCCAGUGAAGGAGAACGGUGUCUCCAAUGGCACCAAGUCAAGCCCACCCCAUCCCUAUCCCACCGUGGCGGAGCCAGGCAACCCGACUGUCGUCCCGGAGGCGCUUCUCCGCCAGUUCCACUUUACCUUCCUGAUCCGCCACCCUAGGAACAGCAUCCCGUCUUACUACCGCUGCACCAUCCCGCCUCUAGAUGAGAUGACCGGCUUCUACAACUUCGAUCCCUCUGAGGCCGGCUACGACGAGCUCCGCCGCGUGUUCGACUACCUCCGUAGCAUCGGCCACAUCGGGCCGCACAUGGCGGGCGAUCAGGGCGAUCAUAGCAAUGGCAUCAACGGCGUCAACGGCGUCGAGGACGGAGCCCAUGACGCCAUCGAGAUCUGCGUCAUCGACGCCGACGACCUCCUCGACGAUCCUGCCGCCGUCAUCGAGGCCUACUGCAAGAGCGUCGGCAUUGACUACUCACCCGAGAUGCUCUCCUGGGACAAUGAAGAAGACCACCAUGCAGCCAGGGAGGCAUUCGAGAAAUGGAAGGGCUUCCACGAGGACGCCAUCCAUUCCACGGACUUGAAGCCCAGGAAGCAUAAGAAAGUCCCGAAACCGGAUGACCAGCUGUACGCGGAGUGGGUCGAGAAGUAUGGUGAGAAAGGCGCCAAUGUCAUCAGGGAUACUGUUGCGAAGAACGUGGAGGAUUAUGAGUACUUGAAGCAGUUCGCUAUCAGGGUUUAG